GCCUCCUUUUCCUACAUAAACCUCUCUCACCCUCCCAAGCUAAACCAAUCGAACACAGUCCUCUUCUUCCACAGCAUUAAAUUAAUUAGUAUUAGCUCAAUCCAGAUUAAGAGUUGCAGAAAGUAGCAGAAAUGGCUCGCAUGGGUGUGGUUGUGGGGGUGAUGGUGGUGGCGAUGUUGUGCGCAGGAGUUUCUGCGCAAUCGAGCUGCACAAACGUGUUGGUGAGUCUAGCGCCAUGCCUCAGUUACAUACAAGGCAAUUCUUCAACCCCAUCAUCAUCAUGCUGCUCACAGCUUAGCAGCGUGGUUCGAUCACAACCACAGUGCUUGUGUCAAGUCCUCAACGCUGGUGGCUCCUCCAUGGGCAUCAACAUCAACCAAACUCAGGCUCUGGCUUUGCCUUCUGCCUGCAAGGUUCAGACCCCACCAACCUCUCAGUGUAAAGCUGCUUCGCCGGCCGGCUCACCUGCUGCGGAGUCUCCGAACGCAGGAUCAGGAUCUAAUAAUGUGCCCUCACCAGAUAAUGGCUCAUCCCAUGGCAAUUCCAUCAAGUUAUCUAUUCCUCUCGUGUUGAUUGGUUUUGCCGCAGCUCACGCAUCCAUUUUCAGAACAUACUGAUUCUGAUUCUUUCAGCCUCGUAUAUUCCAUUUUUGACAUGCUGUUAUUCACUUGCUAUUGAUAUGAGUGUUCUUGUGUGCAUAAUGUAUUGAUCUCCUCUAGGCCCAAGAGUUCAAUAAUUAUCAUUCGUUCUUGUGAUUUUACGUAGUUCUGUAUUGUGAACAGAGUCUUGUCUCUCUUCCCUUUAUCAAUAAAGAUGGCUUAUAUCUUGCAUUUGCCA